AUGCCAUACUUCCUAAGCCUUGUACACGCAAGCCCCAACGAAUACCCAGCCGUAAUAGCCGCAGAGCGCUACGCAUUCGAAAACCCCCUCCAACCAAUUUUCCGCCUCUACUGCCCUCUACUCAACAACAGCAUCGAAGAAACCAUAUCCGCAACAGCAGAAAAAGCACGAAAGGAAAACCUAGAAUCUAUACCCUCAGAUCCAACCUCAACCUGGCUCCAAGUAACCCGCUCAAAAGAAACACCCCACGCACCAAACGAACCAAUCCUCGGCGGCGCAGAAUGGAUCUUCAUUCCAGAAAACACCUCUACCCCGCAAAAUCUCGAAUCUGAAAUAAAGUCCCUUUCACUCCGCCACCCAGCAGGCGGGGCCCGCAUCUUCGCUGAACAAGCCUUCCGAACCCUCCGCACAGCUGAAUUCGAGACUAGAGAACGAUAUUCGGGUAAAAAAGCCUAUAUGACACUCGGUAGCUGUUUCACCGUUCCGGAAUACCGCAGGAAGGGUAUUGCUUAUAUGCUCAUGGAGUGGGGAUUGGAGAAGGCGGAUGAAGGCGGGCUUGAUGUUUGGAUUGAGGCUGCCCCGGAUGCUGUACCGUUUUAUGAAAGGUGUGGAUUUGAGAAGAAGGUUACUAUUUUUUUGGACUUUCCAUGUCCGGAUGGGCUGACGGAUGUUGAGAAGGAGGAGUGGGAGGUUGCUAAGGGGUCUAUUUUGCCGAUUACGGCUGUCAUUAUGGGGCGGAUGUGUAGAUGUGGAGGGAUAGAGGGAUUUGAUAGAUAG